AGAACAGUGCUCUGCACAUAGUAAGCGCUUAACCAACACCAACGUUAUUAUUACUGUUAUUCGUAAAUAAAUCAAACCGCAGAUUAAUCGCAAAGCCUCACCGGUCUUCCCCCAUCAGAACUGCCAUAGUUGGGACUGACGAGGCAACGUUCCUCGUCCGCGCUAUUCCUUGGACUCCUCCGUGCUCCCCACGGGGUUCCGUCGGGGCGGACGCUUGCCUCAUCCCAACCAGCGAUCCCUCACUCGGCCGUGAAAAAGAGCCUCCUGCGCCGAAGAGUUCGCCCUGGCCUAGGGACGGGCCACGCGUUCCGCCACGUUGCGGCCAUUUAUUCUUUUUUUAAGCAGCCACGCCUUCCGGAUGAUCACCAUGAGAAAGGCAACGGGCCUAGGCGUGACGGUUGUCGGAGGGAUGAAUCGCAACGAAGGCCCCCUGGUCUACAUCCGGGACAUCGUCCCCGGCGGAGACUGCCACGAGGAUGGACGCCUGAAGCCCGGCGAUCAGCUCGUAUCCAUCAACAAGGAGUCGCUGAUUGGCGUUUCAUUCGAGGAGGCGAAACGCAUCAUUACGCGAGCAAGGCUGAGACCGGAACCCACCUGGGAGAUAGCGUUCAUCCGACAGAACCGCCCGGACAGGACCCCCGAGGGCCCGCGGCCCGCCCCCCCCCCGGCCCCGUCGCCCCGUCGGGAACGACCCCGGCCUUCGGCCCCUUCGAACGUCCUCCCGCCUCAGGCGGGGAAUCCAGCUCUGCGUUCCGGCGACUGCCCGUUUCCUCAUCCCAAGACGGCUCAGGAGGCCGGGUUCAAGAAGAGAGAGCCCUUUCCAGUUCCCUCUUCAAACAACGGCCUUUCAGACGCGUCUUCGACCGAUCUCGGCCCCGAAUGGCCUGAGGACCUCGAACACCCAGGAAAGAAGAUUUCCCUCAACCCCUCCGUUCGCUUUCGUGCCGAGAAACUGGAGACGGCUUUGAAUUACCUGGGGAUCCAGCCCACCGAAGAGCAGCAUCGAGCUCUGAGCCGGCAAGUGCCCUUAGACCCCGAAGGGAUGGUGUCUUUUGGAGAUUUUGUCCAAGUGGCUAGAAGCCUGUUCUCUCUGCAUUUGGAUGAAGGAGCUGUGGGACGCCGAGUCGGCGAGGAAAGCGUCCAGGAUCUCUCCAGCCUACUGGAUUCGGAGCCUUCUCCCUGUGACCCUUCAGGAGCGGAUGAUGUAGAAAGGCUUAAAAGCGAAAGGAGCGAUGCUUGGAAGGAAGUGGAGAAACUCAAGGAAGAGCUGCUGGAGUCCGAAAAUCAAAGGAAACAGAUGAAUGAAGAGCUCCAAAACGUUAAACAGGAAGCCAAGGCCGCGGUCGAAGAGGCCCGAGCCCUGAGGAGCAGGGUCCAUCUGGCGGAAGCCGCCCAGAGGCAGGCCCGUGGGGUGGAAAUGGACUACGAAGAGGUCAUCCGCCUUCUGGAGGCCGAGGUGGCCCAGCUCGAGGUCCAGCUCGCCCAUCGGUCCGACCAAAAUCAAGGAAGCGUCCAGGAUUUGACAAAAAGGAUCAAGGUGCUGGACUGCCAACUGAGAAAGUCGGAGAUGUCUCGGAGAACCUUGGAAGUGGCCGCUGAAAAGCUGUUGCAGUUUGCGGAGGCCGUCCACGAGAUAUUUUCGGAUCCUUCUUCCUCUUCAUCAAAUUUAAGUGACAGGAGGGUUUCACUGCCGUCCCAGACGCCGCUUCCGCGCCUCGGGAAGAAGGAGCGGGUCGCGCCGGCGGCCGUGGCCGCGGAAGCCAGAGAACUCGCCGAGUCAGUCCGGGCCAUUCUCGAGGUGGACUGCCUACCGUACGGAUGGGAGGAAGCUUACACGGCCGACGGAAUCAAGUACUUCAUCAACCACGUGACCCAGACGACAUCGUGGACGCACCCGGUGGCCGGCGCCCUGAGUUGGCCCUGCCCCGAGGAGAGCGGAGACGAGGGCCCGCGGGAGCGUCACUACCGGGAGAGCUGACGGCCUUGCGACCAACUGCGUCCGCGCCCCCCGGACGACCCCCGUCCCUCGCCCCGACGUGACGCGACCG